AUGCGCGGCAUAGUAUCAGCAAGCUCGCUACACGCUCUGCGGAGUUCGUAUCGAGCAAAGUCUCUCAACACUAUUUGCAAGACUGCUGCUUCCCGCAACAUUCACCAGUCUAUUCGAAUUCCGGCCAUCACGACUUCGCAAGCUCGUCGCCGCCCGACAAUCCGGCCUGGUCAUCAAAGGGCCCCUUCCUCUCCCGCAGCCCGUACGAUCUAUAUACAGACGCAGUCUACUCCUAAUCCCUCAGCACUCAAGUUCCUCCCGAACCAUCCUGUUCUCCCAGAAACCUUCCCCUCUACUUUUCUGGAAUAUACAUCUCCUCGCUCGACACUGGCUGCACCCCAUCCCUCUCCGCUUGCUGCCAGGCUCCUAGAUGUGGACGGCGUCUCUUCUGUAUUUUAUGGACCAGAUUUCAUCACGGUGACCAAGGAGGAAGAUGUCAAUUGGGCCCAUAUCAAGCCUGAGGUUUUCAGUCUCAUUACGGAGGCAAUCACCUCAGGAGAGGACAUUGUCAACACGUUCGAUAAGACUUCUACAACAGACGGCCAGGAAGGCGCCGGUGAAGACUCCCUGGCAGCCAACGAUGAUGACGAUGAGGUGGUGGCAAUGAUCAAGGAGCUACUGGAGACCCGAAUCAGACCAGCCAUUCAAGAGGACGGGGGGGAUAUUGAGUUCCGCGGAUUCGAAGAUGGGAUGGUUAUGCUCAAACUCCGCGGAGCUUGCCGGACUUGCGAUUCCAGCACGGUGACACUAAAAAAUGGCAUCGAGUCGAUGUUGAUGCAUUACAUCGAAGAAGUCAAGGGCGUCAAUCAGGUAUUGGACGAAGAGGAGGAAAUUGCAAUGAAGGAGUUCGCCAAAUUCGAGGAGAAGCUGCGGCAGCAAAAGGGUCCAGAUGCCGCCCCUUCAACCGUGGGCAAAGGCAGUCUGGACUAUGCUGAGUGA